AUGUCGGCAAGAAGAAGAUGUCCUCGAACAAUCUAUUGCGACAAUGGAACUAAUUUGAGAGGCGCAUCCAGAGAAAUAAAAGAAGCCAUGCAAAACAUUGACAUGCCUUCAAUAAAAAAUUCAAUGUCUUUGAAAGGCAUCGACUUCAAAUUCCUACCACCGGCUUCCCCACACAUGGCAGGAGUAUGGGAAAGGUUAAUUGGAACUGUGAAAACAGAUAUAGGAAAGAUUCUUUAUGGUCAAUCACUGAGAGAGGAAACAUUACAAACACUUUUUUCGGCAACGGAGUCCAUAGUAAAUUGUAGGCCGCUGACUGAAGUUUCCUGCGAUCCGUCAGAUUUAGAAGCUCUUACUCCCAUGCACUUUUUGUUGGGAUAUUCCAACACUACGCACGAGCCUACAUUACUUCCAAUAAGCCCUGAUGCUAAUGGAUUGAGGCGCAAAUGGAAAAAAUCUCGAAUGUUGGUCAACACAUUUUGGGACAGAUGGCCAAAUCAGACGGUCUGGGUGAAUAAUCCACUAGAUGAAGGAUCCACGCCAGGAACAGUAAUGGAUCAAACUGGACCGUAUUCAUAUAUCGUUGAGGUAAAUAGAACACCAAAGAGAAAGCAUGGGGAUCAGUUAAGACCUCUUUUGAACCAACGUAACCAAGUGGAACAAAAAGAGAAACAUGCCAAGAAUUCUGAGAAACCUUUUAUGAUAUGUGUUUCUAAUGCAUUGCAAGAUGAAGAUUCCACCAAAGAAAGCAUGACACAACCUGUGAACAUAGAGAUACAAGCCAAUGACGACAUCAUUCAAGAAGAACAGACGAUCUUUCCGGAGCCUAGAAGAAACCCGUCACUUAACCGAAAACUGCCUACUUGUUAUCGUGACUGA